CAGGCAGACAGAAGCACGUCAGCAGUUCUCUCUGCAUAUUUUCCUUCACUCUCUAAUAUAUAUCCAAACAUUAAUCAACUUGUGUUAGUUGCAACUUGACCGGUGAGCCAGACCACCAGUGAAAAUGUCCGUGAAGAUCCACACCAUCGCUCUCCUUCUGCUCUCACUCUAUCUGUGCUGGCAGCUCUCUGCAGCUCGCCAUGCUCCAAGGAGAAGGCCGUGCUGCGUUCUGGUCACCAGCCGCAAUAUGAGCGCUGACGUGGUGGGGCAAACAUACCGUGAGCAGCCUGCAGGAUCACCCUGUGUGAAGGCUAUAAUUUUCCACACAAAUGACGGACCGCUUUGUGCUGAUCCGAAAGCUCAGUGGGUCAAGGAUCUCGCUGCGAACAUGACGAAGGUGUGAAGUACGAAGCCUCUGGUGAAGCAUCGCUGCCUUUCUGCAUCAUCUAUAUCUCCUUUGAAAUGACCUUUAAUUUAAACCAGAGCGCCUUCUUUUAAUAUAACUGUCUUAUAACUGUUCUUUAUUUUUUUACUCUUACCUUUGGUGUAGCCUUGUAAUUUAUUCUUGCUGUUGACUUCAGUCUGUCAUGAUGCCAACAUUCUAGUUUUAUUUUAUUUUAUUUUAUUUUAUUUUAUUUUAUUUUAUUUUAUUUUAUUUUAUUUUAUUUUAUGUUUGCGCUUAUGUGCUUCUGUAAAGCUGGUACAGCUAGGUGCUGUGUCACGUAAAUGUUAAUUCCAUGCCAUUAAAAUGCUCCGGAUGGCAGCAACAACACAAGUAUGUGGUAGACGUCCAGUUUAAUGCCUAAAUAAAAACGAGCCACCCUGAAGUUUUUUUUUCUAAUCUUUGCAUAUAUGUGUUGAAAUUACAAUCUAUAGAUUUCAAUAUUACAUUUUGAAGUGAGUUUUAAUUUGUUUCAAAGGACAAAAUAACUUAAUGUCAAAUUAAUGUCAAAUGUAAAUUACCAGCAAAUUAAAUAAA